AUGGUGAUUGAAGGCGGGUCUGAGCCGUCACCAGCGCACGCUGUCUCUGCGUCUGAGAUGUACGGAAGAUCCCCGCCUGUGCCUGCCUCGGAAACUGCCGCGAUGAAGCCGCCGCUGCCGCCUGCACCGACACCUGUUCGGCCCGUCUCUCAGGCACCGUCUCUCCCAAAUCCCGCCCCGCUGGUUGUUCCGCCGCGUGUGGAUGCGGUGGUUGUUCCUCCUGCUCCCGCUCACGUGGAGUCCCUUCCUGCAGCCCCUGCUGAGCCAGCUGGUCAGGUUCCUCCCGUCGCUCUUGGCGCGUCGCCGGUCGCCGCUGCCCCUGUGGCGCCGGCUGUCGCCGAGGGCUCUGCCGCGCCGGUGGUGUCGCAACCGGCGGUGUCCGCCACCACUGCCGGCCAGUUCCUCGUGGUGGGACCUGUUGAAGCUCCCGCCCCUCCAGCUGCGGCGCCAUCUCUGCCGCUCCUAAACGUCCAGGCGGUGCCUGAUCCUGCGCCGCUCGCUGCUGUUCCCCCUGCUCAGCGACAGCCGUCAGUAUCCAUCUCUGCUGCCCGUCGCUCCUGCUCCGCCGGCUGCUGCACUACCUCAUCAGUCGCUGGUGGGGCCCUCUCUUUCCGCUGUGGUGCCAGAGGCGGUCUUCCUCUGGAGAGUGGCCAUCGGGACGAGUGCCUAGAUGCCGCUGAUCGGCUGGGCGAGCUCCUGGCGCCCGUGUUGGCUGCGCCCGCGCGGGGUGGAGUUGCGGGCGUUGGACAGCUUGGGACGGCGGUCCGUGGGCUGCGCCGGUUUUUGCGCGCAGGGACUGCAGUCGACUUGAUCGGCGCAACCACUGUGGUGGUGCGCGAGCUUCAUCGCUCGUUGACGGGUCUUCUCGCCGUCCUUGACGUGGAUCAGAUAACCUCACCCCGGCCCCCUUUUCUGCCUCCACACCCCUGCCCCACUUACGGUAGUCCCUGCAGCGGGGUCUUUGCUGGCGGUGUAGCUGCUGGCGGGGUCUCUGCUGGCGGGGGCUCUGCUGGCGGGGGCUCUAUUGGCGGGGUCUCUGCUGGCGGGGGCUCUGCUGGCGGGGUCUCUGCUGGCGGGGUCUCUGCUGGCGGUUGCUCCGCCGCCACUCCCUUCCCCUCCUCCCUCUCCCCCCAAAAGCGACCGCCGCUGCACCUGCGAACAGUCGCCAUGGGGGGGGAGACGGGCAGGGGGCGGGCGGGCGGGCGGGUUGCGCGGAUGGGUUGCGCGGACUGGGUGCGCAGGCUCCAGUGCAGGCGGCCGCCACUGGCGUGUCCAGCUGGCGCGUCGGUUGGCGAGCUGGCGGGUGCGCCGGUGGGCGAGCUGGCGGGUGCGUCGGUUGGCGAGCCGGCUGGCGUGCUCGUCGGCGGGUCCGACGGCGGGGUCGCAGGUGCGUGGGCGAACACGCCGGCGAUUUCGCUGGCGGGCCGCUGGCGAUUUUGCCGCGGGUUGCUGGCGGGUCCGCUGGCGUUCGCCAUAGCGUCCGCCGCGGCCGUCAUGAUGAGCACCGCGACGCGACGGGACGGCCACGAACGUACUCGCCGUGGCGCCCGUCACUAA